AUGGCUCAUUCUCGUUCAGCACAGAACUUUGUUGCACUUUCAGAUCUGCAUCCAAACCUUGCUCGUCCUAAUGUAAUCGGGGUGGUUAUUGGGAAAACAGAUGUCAGAAGCUUUCCAGACCGAAAAAACAUUGGCACUGAGAGAUACACCUUCAAUUUUACCAUUCGUGAUUCCCCAACUUAUUUCAUUAAUGUCCAGUCCUGGGGCAGAGGAGAGUACAUCAGAUCCCUCUCAGAAAGCUUCAGGGUUGGUGACUGUGUUACAAUUGAAAAUCCAUUAAUUCAGUCAAAGGAAGCAGAAAGAGAAGAAAAAUUCAACCCUGUAACUCCUAGUGGCUACAAAUUAUUGCUCAGUGAAAAUCAUUCUGUGGUUAAAACCUCGUCCUGCUACGACACAGACACCAGGCUCCUGGCCCUGCUGCACCUGCCUGUCAAGGACCCUCAGGAUUAUUAUUCCCUGGGGGACAUCGUGGCAAAUGGACAAAGCCUCCAUGGGAGAGUCCUCAACGUGCUGGCAGCUGUGAUGGCAGUUGGGGAGCCAAAGUAUUUCAUGACUUCAGACAAAAGGAAAGGCCAGAGGUGUGAAGUAAAGCUGUUUGAUGAAACAGAGAGGUCUUUCCCAAUAGUAUGCUGGGAUAAUGAAUCCAUCCAGCUGGCACAGAGUUGGAUCCCCCAAGAAACAGUUAUAUUUGCAUCAGAUGUGAGAAUCAAUUUUGACAAAUUUAGGAACUGCAUGACUGCAACGGUGAUAUCCAAAACUAUCAUUACAACUAACCCAGAAACAGCAGAAGCAAAUGUUCUCUUCAGCUUCAUCAGAGAGAGUGCCCAGGCAGGAGCUCUGCCCAGCCCCGUGAAGGAGCUGCCAAAUGAAACCAUCAACUUGGAGGCUGUAGUGGAUGUCUACACAGUGGAACAGCUGAAAGAAAAAGCUCUCCAGAGUGAUGGGAAGCUGGAGCCUGUCCAUGGAAUUAUUUAUGGCUACAUUUCCACCCUGGACAUCGACGAGAGCGUGUCCAGAGUCCUGCGCAACAGAUGCUCAGUGUGCAGGUUCAUCGUGAACGAGGUGUCAAACACCUGCACCUUCUGCACUGAUGUCUCUCCAGAGGCCAAGUCCACCUUUGCCAGCUUUGACAUCCUGGUGGAUGUGACAGACCACACAGGCACCCUGCACUCCUGCUACCUGGCUGACUGUGUGGCUGAGGACACCCUGGGCUGCACAGUCCCUGAAUUCCUCAUGCUGGAAGAAGAGCAGAAGACUGCAUUGAAAUGGCAACUCCUCUUGGAACGAAGCAAGAUUUACUUCAAAGUUACUUCAUCACCCAAUUGGAGAACUGGAUUAAAAGUGAAUCUUCUUUCCUGCAAACUGGCAGAUCCCAUAGAGGCCAGUCAGAGCUUGUUGGGAAGAGACUGGAAUUAUUUAUAAAUGCUAGGAAAGGCUUCCUUCACUCUGUUGUUAGAGAUGGAAUUCUGCUGUUGUUGGGUUUUGCCAGGUCUGUUCUGAUGGUAAAGAAGUGCACGUCACAAGCCUCUAAGUGGGCCUCUGAGUUCAUAUUUUUGGGUGAUUGUACUUUAAA